AUGGCCGAGUUGAGUGUUUAUGAACUAUGGGCAUACGAUGCUACCAAGGCACUAGCCAUAGCGAUUGAGAAAGUAGGGGAUACAAAUAUUGGCUUUGAGAAGGAAAAUGCGGCUAGAAAUCUGACAGACCUUGAAGCACUUGGAGCUGAUGCCCAACUACAAUCAUUAGUUUAUCAGAUAAUUAAUGUGAUUGACAAUGGGGAGAGAGUGGUCGGAUUCUGGAUAGAAGAAAAAGGAAUGCGUAGGGAUUUGAAUUCCAAAAAUCCAAAUUCAAAUUCCAUUGUGAAUGCUAAUUUUAAAGCUAUCAUAUCCCCAGGUGAUAUCGCAUCUCCUCCAAAAGGCUGGGCGAUUCUGACAAAUGGCAUAAAGCUAAGAAUUGGAGUACCAGUUAAGGAUCGUUUCCCAGAUUUUGUAAUGCGGAUGAACUUCGAUGAGUCCAAGAUUAGAGCCUUCAACACUCCAUACGAAUGUGAUGCCUUCCUUUCUAAAGAGAGUGAAAAUGAGGGUAUUGUAGCUGCUUUUGAUGAAACACCCUACGCAAAGCUUUUCCUUAAAAAAUAUCGCUCCAAAUAUACCAUAGUGGAACCAACAUAUACAAUUGAUAGAUUUGCCUUU